UUACAUCACACAGCUUUGCUGUAUAUAUCUUUCAUCUUUGCCCUUCGAUUCCUUCACCGACCAAGCAAAAAUGGCCAUGGAGUAUUGUCAAAGAUUCGUUAUUCUCACGCUUCUCCUCCAUUCAAUCUUCUGCAUCAACCAUCUAGUCAAGUGCGAUGAUGAAGAAGACGGACUUCUUUCAGGAAUCAACAGCUACAGGGCAACAGUAAACUUAACAACACUAACACAAAAUGACCGAGCCAAAUGCCUUGCGGAUAAAAUCGCUGACCAACUUAAAGACCGGCCCUGCACCAACACUACUGGUUCGAACACAGUUCCAGGCACCGAACCCGAGUUCGCCAAUUAUCCAGACCUUUUAGAUAAAUGUCAUUUGAAUGUAAGCACCACAAGAGAUGGAGGUGUUCUUCCGGCUUGUGUUCCUAACCUCGAUCCAGGCCUCGUGAUCUCCAACUACACCCGAUCCCAGUAUUCAAGUUACUUGAAUGACACCAAGUAUACGGGAAUCGGGAUCGGUUCAGAAGACGAUUGGAUCGUUGUCGUGUUGACUACAAGCACCCCAGAGGGUGGCUAUUCGCCUGGUAGUAAUGAUGUAAAUUUUGUUUCGAAGAUUGGACCUGUGCACUACUCAAUGGUUCUACUCGUGGUGGUUCUACUCUUGUGGACUUGAUCGGUUUCGUGGAGUGGUCAUAUGGAUGGUUUUGAUUUUCAAGUUGUAUUAACACGCGUUCAUAGAGCGAUUACUUAUGGUUUAACGUAUUUUCGGAGUUCUUAGAUGAAGUCGGGAUUUUGCAUAAAACUUUUGAGUUGUUUAUGUUCGGUAUUUUGUUUUUCAAUUGUUUGAUCAUAGACUUUUUAAGAUCAAAGCGAAUUUGAAUA